AAAAGGUCUGGAGAUGUAUUUCAAGCACGAAGGCCCUGGAUUUAUUCCCUAGUAUGGAGGGUGGGGGACCAAGGUCCCUCUGACCAUUGUCUUUCUCUUACCCUUCUCCCCAUUUUUUUUCCACUGAAGCGCAGGGAGGGGCUUUCUGAAAAGUGUUCAUCUGACUAAAAGCAGAAGGAAUUGUGAGCCCCUACACAGAAAUCUCAGCAGCCAGGGAAGAUUGACUGAAUCACUGAAGAGAGUAAAGGAUACCACACUCAGACAUUAUCACGAGGCCUUGGAGGACUUGAGUUCUAUGACUCAGUAGUUGUGAGGCGAGUACCACAGAGAGCACACUGGACUCGGGACAGCAAGGCUGCCUUCUAGCCAACUAGCCUCUACUCACUGACUCUGCUUCUCUCCCCAGACACAUGACUGCUGCUUUUGCAGGUGCACAAAUAAGUUUGGGCAGGAUCUCCAGGAAGGCCUGUGGCUAUUGACUGUCUGGUCCAUGCCCUCAGCCCUUCAGCACUACUCUGUGAGACGACAGGAGUCUGCAGCCUACAGAUCUGUCAGAAAAGGCAGCCCAACCUCUCUCAUCCCUGAGCCCACUCCUGUGGAGCCAAGUCGCUUCACAGAGUCUCGGCCUGAAAUCCAAUGCUGCUUCCGAAGGGCACCCCAGCAGCCACGCCUUACACGCCACCUUGCUCUCUCUGUUGGACACCCCACACACACUGUCUCACAGCCCAUCUGUUCCAGGCAUCUGCUGACAAUUUUGUAACUUCAUCAUGGGUUUAUCUUCAGACUCCAGAUGGUAAUGGCUUUUUGCAAUAUUAAAGUGCCCCAUUAGACUGGGAAGGAAUACAAGCCCCACCCACCACAGACCGUUGGGCAAAACAGCAGAGAAUCUCCCACACCCCACAUGCCCCCCUUCUGUGGAGAAAGGGAGCUGCAGUGCAGUCAUCCUCUUCAGAAAGCAGACACAUGGACUAUUGCCCAGCUCCCCAGUUUUCUGCCAUGUCUGACCCCAUUACACUGAAUGUUGGGGGGAAGCUCUACACAACCUCACUGGCAACCCUGACCAGCUUCCCUGACUCCAUGCUGGGUGCCAUGUUCAGUGGGAAGAUGCCCACCAAGAGGGACAGCCAGGGAAACUGCUUCAUUGAUCGUGAUGGCAAAGUGUUCCGCUACAUCCUCAACUUCCUGCGGACCUCUCACCUGGACCUCCCUGAGGACUUCCAGGAGAUGGGCCUGCUCCGCAGGGAGGCUGACUUCUACCAGGUGCAGCCCCUGAUCGAGGCACUGCAGGAGAAGGAGGUGGAACUCUCUAAGGCAGAGAAGAAUGCCAUGCUCAACAUCACGCUGAAGCAGCGUGUGCAGACGGUCCAUUUCACUGUGCGUGAGGCACCACAGAUCUACAGCCUGUCAUCCUCCAGCAUGGAGGUCUUCAAUGCCAACAUCUUCAGCACAUCUUGCCUCUUCCUCAAACUCCUUGGUUCCAAGCUCUUUUACUGCUCCAAUGGCAAUCUCUCCUCCAUCACCAGCCACUUACAGGACCCCAACCACCUGACUCUGGACUGGGUGGCCAAUGUGGAGGGCCUGCCAGAGGAAGAGUACACCAAGCAGAACCUCAAGAGGCUCUGGGUGGUGCCUGCCAACAAACAGAUCAACAGCUUCCAGGUCUUUGUGGAGGAGGUGCUGAAAAUUGCUCUGAGUGAUGGCUUCUGCAUUGAUUCUUCUCACCCGCAUGCUCUGGAUUUUAUGAACAAUAAGAUUAUUCGAUUAAUACGAUACAGGUAAAAAAAAGAAAAAAAAAAAAAAAAGAGCAACAUUGGAGAGUUCCCAAGAAGCUGCAUGUCACCCAAGGCUUGGAGAGUCUCACCAGUGAUGUGAAGCAGGGCACUCUACUAACCGGUAUUAACUGCAUAGCAGGACUUGAUUCCCCUUUGAUGAAGUCUAUCUUUUGGAAUCCACACAUCCUCCGAACAGAACUUUUCAUUUCCACUUUGAACUAGAGAUGGGCAAUUUAUUAUGACAAACGAAGAUGUAGCUGAUGUGUACAAGAGGAGUCCACAAGAGGGCUUUCUAACUGGGACAAGGAAGCAGCAGUUUUCUUGCAGGCUUCAUCUGUGUAUCACUAGCCAGUGCCUCAUUUACCCAUCUGAAAAAAGAGCC